UCGCGACUUGGGGCGUCAACGCCGGGUUGGAUUCUCCCUAUGGGGUUGAAACAUCGAUGGCUCCAGCUGACGCUGCUGGUCUCCCUCGCUAAUGCGGGUUGGCCAGAGACCAUCAACCUGGCUGGGAUGCAAAGGACCUUGAGCCAGAUGAUGACCAAAGAAUUCCUGCUGAUUUCGCGUGGAACCAGCGUGGCGGAAUACAAGGUCAAACUCCAGGAGAGCAUGUCAAGCUUCAACAGCACCUUGUACGCUCUGAUGACGGGAGAUCCUGCACGAGACAUCAUCCCCGCACCCAACUCCCAGGUGGCCAAUGCCCUGCAGAAAGUUUUGGUGGAGUGGCUGCCUAUGGAGGAGUUGUUGCGUACCAAUGCUGAGACCGUCCGCCGAUCGGAUGGAACAAUUGACAUGCCUGUGCUGGAAGAACUGAACUCAAGGAACGUCCCCUUGCUCGAUACAUCAAAUGCUGUGGUGAAGGCUCUGGUGGAUGCUGCGCAAGUUUCGGGGGAAACAACCAGCGGGUUGGUGCAAGACAUUGCUGGCCGGCAGCGGACUCUGAUCCAGCGUUUGGCCAAGGGCAUCCUCCUGUUGAGUCAAGGCGUAGCCAUGUCUUUCAACAUGGAAGCGUACAGAGACACCAAGAGCCUUUUCGAAGCAUCACACGAAGGGAUAAUUCAAGGCGUUCCCUUUGCAGGCCUACCCGUUUUGCGCGACCUCUGCACGUUGCACCAGAUGCGGGAGGUGAGUUUCUAUUAUCAGAAGCUUCGGCCCCUCCUGACUGGUAUUACGAAUGCAGAUACGCCUUCCAGCAGUCAAACAGCAGCAGAUGCCGUGGCUGAAGAAGUUGUGGACUUGGUCGACCCCUUAUACUUCUCCAUGGUGGAAGCCGUGAAGUUGUUCAGUCAUGAGAAUGAGUGCAGCCCCGCGAACAGCACUACCUACGAUGAGUGGCUCGCUUUUUUCACGAUGCUCUCCGCGCAGCGGCUGCUGACCCAGCGGAGUGCACAGUACUUUACUCAAGUUGGCCUGAAAGUGGAUAUGAAGAACAGCCAGGUCGAGAUUACGGUGAUGUUGUCGCAAGCCUCCUCGAAUUUGCGGAACCUCAUCGAAGGGAACAAAAUCCGUGGAAUUCCGGCACCACCUUCACAGUCAGUGGUGGACAAAUUGUUGGAUGUGACGGCUACAUGGAAGACCUUCGAGAGCGAGCUGGAAGCCGCAAUUCAUUUGGAGAGCGUGUCCACCAUCAUUUUGAACAGGGUGGAGCUGUUAGCCAAGAAUAUCUUGAAGGCCCUGCAGGAGGCAGAACAUUUGGCUAUGCCCAUGUUGCUCAACAGUGACGUCCCAGCCGCAGCGGUGGAAGUGGGGGUCGAACAAGCUCUUGCAGUGUCGGAGAUGGCGCAAAGUGCUCUUCACAUCAUCUACGACAUGGACGUGGCUGCGAAUUGGGAGCGCCUCAAUGCUUCCCGGGCCACGAUCGAAGCAACCCGCUGGCAGCUUCUCCAAGGGGUUCCAGCCACGGAGACGUCGCUAGGCAUUCAGAAGGUCACCGAUGUGUGCAUCGUGCAACAGGUGAAGGUGGCCAUGGAUCUCUACAGCCAGGCAGAACAGGCCGCGCUGAAGGUGGCGCAUGGAGAUCGCAUGGAGGUGGAUACCAUGAUCCGGAUGAGUCAUUUGGCCGUGGGUGCCCUUGAGAACAUCAUCCCGUCAUUGACCAUGGGCAAUGGCACCUGCGGGAACAGCACCUUGGCGGCGGAGGAGUGGCAGCAGCUGCACUUGGAAGUGGCGCACCUCGCGGCGCUCGGCGCGGAGGUCGCAACGGAGUUCCUUCUGUUCAAGCACGGCAGCAGCCCGAACUCCGAAAGGUUGGACGCAUUAGUCCUCGAACUCGAGUCCUCCUUGAGGCGCAUCAUGUUUGGUUCUUUCGACCCACCGGUGGCAGCGCCGCCUACGCAGAGCAAAUUUGAUCACAUCUUGCAGAAGAUCGAUCCCACCUUUCAGCAGCUCAUUCAGGCCGUGGCUGGUGAUCUCGAUGAAACAGUGCUUCGACACGGGCAAGAUCUGACAAGACAUGCAGAAAGCCUUCAGGAGCAGUACUUCACCCGAGCUCUGGCUGCGGAUCCUGUUUGGCCUGGGCACCGGGUGCACUUGGCAAGCGGUUUGGAAGCCCAAGCUUACCAGGUCUUCCAAGCAGUGGUUCUGUUCUCCUAUGACUUAGUCACAAGUGAAACUGCGCUUCAGGAAGUCAUUGAUCGUUUUCAAGUUGCCCUUCAUCAAUUGAGGGACGGUGGUGAUGACUUUGCAGCCAUCAUGAUGCCGGAGCGGCAAGACCUAAUGAAUCAAUGGGGGACAGUUCAAAAUGCCUGGGACCAGGUCUUGGCAUAUCAGUCCAGUGGUUUUCAAGUGAGCGACUUGCGGAAGAUUGAGAUAACCGUGAACAACUUGGUCCUGGAGAUCCAGAACUUGUUGCCGCUCUUAAGCGUUGAAGAUGUGAAAUUUCCAGAUAGCUUUCCAUGGUCGGCCGUUAUUUACUCCAUCAUUGGUUUCGUUAUUUGCUCUUGCUGUUGCUUCAUCAUUUGCGUGCCCUGGUGCCUGCGCCAGAGCAAGCGCCGGGAUGCCGCAAAGACUGUGGAGCGCUCCGAACGCGCCGCGGUAGCGGACAGUGUGUGAGGCGAAAGUCUGACGUUUGCUCGCUGGCCAGGGGUGUCCCGGCUCGGUGUGCAAUGUAUUGGCCUUCGGAGUUGACUGCAAUUUCAAACCUGGAAUCCUGAAGAAUCAAAAAUCUGGGGUUCUCUGCACUGUGGAGAUCCCCUUUCCGCAUCAGAAAUGGUUGGAAAUUAGCUUUCUGGUUCUUGGAUUUCCGGGAUUGCAUGCUUUCUUUCCUAUGGAUUGAGGGGGUUGGAAGAUCUGACGCAUCAGUGUGGGAUUCACCGGGCCAACG